AUGCCCUUCCGAAGAUUCCCUGGAUGUCUGGGAUCCUCUUCCGAAGACUUUCUACAACUGACUAUCGGAGUUUGCACAGAUCCUGUGGAAGGCCACCCAAACCACUGGAUUCUGAUGCUCACGGAUGAUGACGCCGAGUACGCAACAUGUUACCAUUCCUUGGGUGGUCCUACGAAUCGCAGACCUUGGGAACUUGUGAUUGAGAGUGGAGAGCUAAGAAGCUGGGACACCGAAUACUUUUAUUACGUCGCUGAGAUCUCAGCGCGACAUAAACGAAAGGUGAACGCUUCGGCGAAUAAAACUCCAGGUAGGUUUAGUCAAAGAUGGGUUGUAAGAGUGCUCUGGGAUCUGGAGCUGCAAAAAGUUGUUCUUCCUGGUACGACGAAGAGGAUCGCUCAAGCUGUGGAGGAGGAUCCUUAUGCUGAAGCAUCACCUAUUGUGGAAAAGCGCAAGGGUUUCCGGGAUCGGAUGUUUGACUGGGCAGAGAAGCAUUGCUUGUCUAUGCUUGGGUUACCUGGACGAUAG